AUGUGUGAGGGCACCAAGAAACAUAAGUGCUUCCGUUUACUUCUGAAAAUUUGGUGUUUUGUCAUCGUUGUUGUGACAGUUGGAACACUUGUGUGGAAGGUAACCAAGGACGCCUACAGCAUUACCAAAGGCAACUCGACGCAGGGGUCGGUGAACACAAGUCGCCCAACAUUACACGAGAGCAUUGAGUCGUUCAGCGAUGAAGAAAUAAAAGCAAAACCCUGGCUGAACUUCAGGAUACCACGUGACAUACUCCCCAUUCAUUAUGACGUCACACUCUACCCAGACCUGUCCAACGAAAGCGACACGUUUACAGGGAAUGAAACAAUCCAGAUGCAGGUCCACAGGCCCACACGGUACAUCCUGAUCCACGUCGACCACCUCUACAUCAACGUGACCAGCGUCAGACUGCUGGAUGACGUCACUGGGGCCGAGGUUCGUCUGCUCCAGAUGUUCUACUACGACCCCAACUCGUACCUGGUUAUGGAGGUGGCCAGUGUGGUCAGUGGGGGUGUCAGGCUGGAGGUGGAGUUUGUGGGGGUGUUGGCGGUACAGGACAGGGGGUUGUACAAGGUGUAUGGCGAUAGGGAGCUCAGGAAUGUGGUGGCCUCCCUGUUCGAACCCACGUACGCCCGCCAAGCCUUCCCGUGUUUUGACGAGCCCAACAUCAAGGCCGAGUUCACCAUCACCCUCAUCCACAGACCAGAGUACAUCGCCUUGUCCAAUAUGCCCCAGGACGGGGAGACGGUGCCAGUGACCUGGUCAGCUGACCUUGUGGCCACCAGGUUCCAGAGGUCGGUCAAGAUGAGCGUGUACCUGCUGUGUGUCGUCAUAGGGGACUUGAGCUACAGGGAGACCCGGUCUGGGUCGGGGGUUCAGGUAGUGAUGACAAUUCCAGAUGUGGUCGACGUUCCCGGUUCCCCCGUCACGGCCAUGGAACACUGGGGUCUGAUCACGUUCCCUGGGAACAUGAUCCUCUACUCCAGGGACCAGCACACGAUGGACCAUCUGUACGACAUGGUCACGACGGUGGUCCAUGAGGUGGCCCACCAGUGGUUUGGGAACCUGGUGACCAUGGACUGGUGGGAUGAGCUCUGGCUGAAUGAAGGAUUCGCAUCCUACUUGGAGCUGCCAGGCCUAGAGGGCAUGUGGUCAGACUGGGAUUUGGCAAACGCUACGGAUCAGGUCCAACAACUCAUCCAUACCUGGACUAGGCACAGUGGUUUCCCUUACAUCAACAUCAGCAUCCAGGAGUCUACUACCACAUCCAUCACCGCCACCCAGAAGAUCUUCAUUAAAUCCGUCAAAAAAGCUGUCGAUUUUUUUACGUCGCGCUCAAAACAGGUGUGGUUCCUGUCUUUAGACUACCUGACGUCUGCUGGUGUCACGGGGACUCGAACCAUGGAGGGAAAGUCACUAAAUUUUAGUGAAACCUUGGAUUUGAACCAGGCCAGCUGGGUGAAGUUUAACCACGGCCAGACCGGCUUUUACAUCGUCUUGUACCCAGAUGGGAUGUGGAGAAAUUUUUCUAACUACCUGCUACACACGUCAUACACGAAGUGGACACUACCCGCUAUGGACAGAGCAGGUCUACUCAAUGACGUCUUUCUCCUCGCGGACAACAACAUGACGUCAUACGAGAAUGCCCUGGCCAUGACACGGUACCUGCGUAAAGAACGGGUCAGCCUGCCCUGGGUUGUGGCCAUCUCAGGUGGCCUCCAGGCCAUCAGCACCCUGCUCAGUACAGAUCCGGACUACUGGCUGUGGAAG